AUGACAGUAACAGAAGCAAAAAUCUUGACUGUGGAAACAAUUCCAAAGUAUCUUGAAUCUCACUUGACGAGUUUGCAAGGUGUUGUCGAUACUUUGGAUGGCAUCGAGGUUACUACAAUUGCUGGUGGAAAUGUCAACUACGCAUUUUGUAUCAAGCUGGGCAAUGGAUCCACGAUCUUUUUGAAGCAAGCUCCAGAAUUCGUGGCUAUUUUCGGGCCCGAUGGCUUUCCUUUAACUUCCGAAAGGAUGCAGCGAGAAAUGGAUGUCUAUAACGAAUGGAAGGAUAUGUUGGGCGAGGAAUUAUCCAAGAAAUAUUUGCCAACAAUUCAUUUCUUUGACAAAAGCUGCAUGGUCGUCAUUAUGGAGUUUUUUGAUGGGUAUGACUUGUUGGAUCAUGUCUUGGUUGAUAGGGCCGGUGACUAUCAUCCAAACGUAGGUCAGUCCUUGGGGGACUUUUUGGGCAAAACCCAUGCAAGAACCCACGCAUCUAAGGUCUCCGCUGAACGAAAAGAGCACUUAAUUAAGCAUUAUGAGAACAGGGAAAUGAGAGAUAUUCAACUUGAAUUUGUCUUCACAAAAUGCUACAAGGAAGCUACGGACGAGCAACGUGCGGGGCUCGACGUGACACCAGAAUUCAUGGGUGAGAUUGAGCUCCUUAAAAAGCAGUAUGAUGGCGAAUCAUCUUCCAACUUGGUACUUUCGCAUGGAGAUAUUCAUCCCGGUAGUGUUAUGGUGGACUCCUCCGGAAAUACCAAGGUAAUAGAUCCGGAGUUCACUAUAUAUGGUCCACCUGGACUUGAUGUUGGCUCCCUUUUGUCUGGUUAUUGUCUCGGUGCCAUCCAUCAAGCGUAUUCCAACAAUCCGAAUGGUGUAGAUCGCAUUGUGGAUGGGGCAAAGGAAAUUUGGGACUCCUAUGCGAAAGCAAUGAAGGAAGAGGGGCUGGAAGAUUUUCUUCCUGCUAUUGAGGUCGAAUCUGUUGGCUUUACUGUAGCAGAGAUCUGCCGCACUGCUCUCGAAUUCGCAGGAGGCCGCAAAUGGCUACAAUUUGAAAAUGCCGACACGAAGGCCGCUGCGAAAAAGGCUGCCUUGCAAGUGGUUGGAAACUGCAUGAUUGCACGUCACAAGGGAGGUAUGGAUUUGCUCUUUUCAGAAACGAAAUCUGUUUCAGUCAGAAGAUAG